CCUCUUCCCCCGCCCAGUGAUCACACCCCUUUACCCGGCAGCAGUAGUUGGGAUCUCUUCCUGCUCUCUCCCCACUCGUCGCUUUGUGUGGCCGUGUUUUAGUUUCAACUCUCUCCCUGUGUAUAAAUGAGUGAGGGGGGAGUUUGGGGAAGGCGUAUUUCCAGCUAAAUACGCGCCCCCCUGCACCUAUCCCCAUCUGUUUAUUUAUUUUUUUGCUUUUGAAUUUUUUAAACCUCUCGGCCGUCGGAAAUGGUGAUAAAAUGUCGGGUUCUGCGUUGAAACAAGAGCUCAAAUUACUGGAGUCGAUCUUCCACCAGAGACACGAGCGGUUCCGCAUUGUCUCCGGGUCCCUGGAUGAAAUCAGCUGUCAGUUCGUCACCCACGACCAGGUCCUGGUCAUCCACUGUAAUAUCACGGAAUCCUACCCCUUGGUGCCCCCCAUAUGGUUUGUCGAGUCUGAUGACCCAAGCCUGGCUGCCGUUCUGGAGCGACUUGUCGACCUCAAGAAAGGCAGCACCCUGCUGCUUCAGCACUUGAAGCGAAUAAUCUCCGACCUGUGCAAACUCUACAACCUCCCUCAGCAUCCCGACGUUGAGAUGUUGGAUCAGCCGCUACCGACGGAACAGAGCACGCGAGAUGACGUCACGUCCGAGGAGGAAGACGAGGAGAUGGCGGAGGACAACGAGGACCUGGACCAUUACGAAAUGAAGGAGGAAGAGCCGGCGGAGGGCAAGAAGUCUGAGGACGAGGGGAUCGGCAAGGAAAACCUGGCGAUAUUGGAGAAAAUUAAAAAGAACCAGAGGCAAGAUUAUCUAAAUGGGGCGGUGUCGGGUUCUGUUCAGGCCACCGACCGACUUAUGAAAGAACUCCGGGAUAUUUACCGAUCGGAGAGUUUUAAAGCAGGAAACUAUGCAGUCGAGCUCGUCAACGACAGCUUAUACGACUGGAACGUGAAGAUCCUCAAGGUCGACCAGGACAGUGCUUUGCACAACGACCUCCAAAUCCUCAAAGAGAAAGAGGGCGUUGACUUCAUUUUGUUAAAUUUCUCUUUUAAAGACAAUUUCCCUUUCGACCCGCCCUUUGUACGAGUCGUGUCUCCAGUGCUCUCUGGAGGCUACGUCCUUGGAGGGGGAGCCAUUUGCAUGGAACUGCUCACGAAACAGGGCUGGAGCAGCGCCUACUCUAUCGAGUCUGUUAUCAUGCAAAUCAGUGCAACGCUGGUGAAAGGGAAGGCCAGGAUCCAGUUUGGGGCCAAUAAGGUAAGGGAGUCACAGUACAGUUUGAGCAGAGCCCAGCAGUCCUAUAAAUCGCUGGUCCAGAUUCAUGAGAAAAAUGGUUGGUAUACCCCACCCAAGGAGGAUGGUUAACCCGGCCGGCUGCCCUGUGUGUGCUUCAGGACCAAUUAAGCUGCACCAGUUGGGGAAAAAAACUCCAUUUUAUCAGUAGCUGCCUCUUCCCCUGUGAGACGGAUGGGCUUCAAUCGGACCCUUGGAUCAUAUACUCACUAUAAAAUAAAAACCUGUAUAUACAAGUAUACAUCUGUACACUCACGGACAAAUACUGCAAACUCCUUGUCUGUUGCCAGACCCUGUUCUCGGCGUCCUGCUCCUGCAGACUCUCAAAUCCACUUCAUGUAAACUGGAUUUUGAAUAGAUUCGAUCAAUUUUA